AUGGCUUCAAUUUCAUCUAUUCUCCUCCUCCUUCUUUCACUUUCAUAUCUCCACUUCACUCUACCCACCGGAAGCAACCACCUCACCGACAGAAAAUCCUUAGAAAUCAUCAUCGGCGGCGGUGACGACGGCAUUCCACCACCGUCACCUUCAGAGGAACCCGAACCGGAACCUGAAUAUUGCCCUCCUCCAAUUCCUCCACCUCCUCCUCCAUGCCCUCCUCCAACUCCACCUCCUCCUCCUCCAUGCCCUCCUCCAACUUCACCUCCUCCUCCUCCUCCAAGCCCUCCUCCUCCACCUCCUCCACGCCAUCCUCCUCCUCCACCUCCUCCAAGCCCUCCUCCUCCACCUCCCCCAAAAGCACCACAGCUUCCACCGCCAAAACCGCCACAUUCACCGCCUAAACGGAAAUCUCCGCCUAAGCCGCCGGGGCAGCCACUGAUUUUUGAGAGCAAACUACUAGAGAAAGUAUAUCCAGUCCUCCAAGCUUUCAAGAAACUAGUCACACACGAUCCAAAGCACAUUCUUGAUUCUUGGAACGGCUCCGACAUUUGCGGCCAAUACCGUGGACUCGAAUGCGCGAUAUUCCCGAAUACAAAACAGAAGGCUCUCGCGAGCAUCCAAUUUAACCAGUUUAACUUCUCCGGCAAGUAUCUUCGGCUAGAUAACUUCCUCGACAAGUUAGAUACAGUCACCAUCUUCCACGCAAACUCCAACAAUUUCUUAGGCUCUGUGCCUAAAGUUGGCCACUUGAAAUACUUGUUCGAGCUCGAUCUAAGCAACAACAAACUCACCGGAGAUUUUCCGGCUUCUGUCUUAGAAGCCACGAAUCUCACGUUUCUCGAUCUCAGGUUCAACACUUUCUCAGGCGGUGUUCCUCCUCAGGUCUUUAAUCUCGAUCUCGACGUCUUGUUCAUCAACAACAACAAUCUUGUUCAGACACUUCCAAAGAAUCUUGGAUCCAUUACUGCUCUUUACCUAACAUUCGCCAACAAUAGGUUCACGGGUCCAAUUCCCGACAGCAUAGGCAACAGCAAUCUCAAGAACCUACAAGAAGUCCUUUUCUUGAAUAACCAGUUAACCGGUUGCUUACCGUACCAAAUCGGAAAUCUAAACCGAGCCAGUGUUUUCGAUGUUGAGUCUAACCAGUUAACUGGUCCAAUACCAUACUCUUUCGGUUGCUUAGACAUGAUGGAACAGCUCAAUUUAGCAAGAAACAACUUCUAUGGAACCAUACCGGAGAUCGUAUGCGAGCUUUCUUGUCUCAAGAACCUCUCUCUUUCCUAUAAUUACUUCACUCAGGUCGGUCCAAAAUGUAGAGAACUCAUCAAGAGAAACGUUCUCGACGUUCGUAUGAAUUGUAUACUUGAUCUUCCAAAGCAGAAAACGUCACGGGAAUGUGCUGACUUCUUCAUGCGGAGACAGACUUGUCCUAAUUCCAAGUCUAUGUUACUGAUCCCUUGUGGUAAGGAUCCUAACCGGUUUAAACCGGAUCAAGAACGAUUGGAGGGCAAAGAAGCUCGAGUUUCUUCUCCGGUAUCUUACGGCGCACUUAACCCGGACCGCAUUCGGAAUCUAUAA